AUGGGAAUGAACGCACGCUGCCAAUGCUCCAAGGUUCGAUUUACUACAUCUACAGACAAACCUCUGGCAAUCUACGCCUGCCACUGCACCGAAUGUCAACACCAAAGCUCCUCCGCAUUCGGCAUCACGGCAAUCUUUCCUUUUUUCAAGCUUCCUGAAUCUCUGAAUGAGCAUGUCGGCAUAUAUACCCGUUUGACGCUCAAAGGGCGACAUAUGGAAUGCCUCUUUUGCAAAAACUGUGGCUCCCGUCUGCUGCACCGAUUCCGCGAUGCUGUGCCUGGACCGGGUGAGAAGCCUGGCCCGACGGCGACAUCAAAUGUGAAGGGAGCCUGUCUGGAAGGGUUGAAUAAGGAGAUGAUGAAAAGCGCCGUUCAUAUUUGGACUCAGCAUGCUAUUGUUGAGAUUCCCGAGGGGGCUGAGCAGUGGGAUAAGGAACCGCCAAAAGCGAAUCCUCUGGAGCCUUGA